GGGCGAGUUGCAGGCCUUGUGUCCUUUUGCACUGCGGGAAGAGGAGAGGAGCUGGGUCGCUUAGCAACAGCGCAGUAUUCCGGAAGAGAGGAGGAAGCGCGUGUGUCCUCAUCCUCAUUGCCUCUUCACUGAUACACAUUACACGCUGUGUGUCUGUCGGUGCAGUGAUGGGUUCGGUGCUGUGGGCGCUGGUGCUGAGCAUGGCGGCGCUGGUGUGCGGACGGAGCGCGCGCGCUGACGCGGACAUUGAGCGGCUCCUGCACGGGGUGAUGGAGCAGCUCGGCAUCGCGCGACCGCGCGAGGAGUUCACCGCGCACCAAGCCGCUAAUGUAGCAGGCCCGCUCAGCAUCCAGGGUGGUGCACAUGAGGGACUUCAGCAUCUCGGCCCCUACGGGAACAUCCCUAAUAUUGUUGCAGAACUGACUGGGGACAAUGUCCCAAAAGACUUCAGCCAGGACCAUGGAUAUCCGGAUCCCCCUAACCCAUGCCCUCUAGGAAAAACGGCUGCGGAUGGGUGCUUGGAGAAUUCGCCAGAUACAGCCGAGUUCAGCCGAGAGUUUCAGAAACACCAGCACCUCUUUGACCCGGAGCACGACUAUCCAUCACUGGCCAAAUGGAAUAAAAAGUUAUUGUAUGAAAAACUGAAAGGAGGACCAAAAAGAAGAAAAAGGAGCACCAACCCAUAUCUGAUGGGACAGAGACUGGACAAUGUGGUGGCUAAAAAGUCUGUGCCACAUUUCCCAGAGGAGGAAGAAAUGGAAACCACUCCAAGACAAGUCUGAAUGUACUAUUAUAAUGACAGGUGUAUAACAGAGUCGUUGUAUCUAUCAGUGCAUGUUAAACUUAGAACCAGUAAACUUUAAUCAUGAGUCGAAACGGUCGAAACAGAAGAUAGUCGUCAUUUAAAAUGUAUUUUUUGGUUUGGUAUCAUUUUUCGUUUUAAGUAAGUAAAAUAAAACAAACAUGUCCAUGUGCAAAAAUUUUUGAUGUGUAACAACACAUCCGGUACUUGUUAUGCAGAACGGAACCCAGACCUUCCGGAUAGGAUUUUCCAGGCACAGCUGCUCUGGUCUGUGUUUAGUAUAUUAGUAUAAUAUAGUCAUGGUUAGCCAUUCUUGUAUUCUAUUUCGUGCAGUAGUUGUGGCUGGUAGGACAAUCAAUCAAUCAAUAAAUAUAUCUCCCAGUACUUAUAGAUAUCAUGA